GUCAUAUGCUAAUUGCAAAUGGCAAUGUUUACCUUUUUACAACCAUCCAUAGUAACAGUGUCAUAACCUUUGACUUGUGAAUUGAAUUAUAAUGUUAACAUUUAAUUGGUUUGUAAAAUUAAAUUAACAAUUUUUAAAAAUAAAUUGCGGGUUUGUUUAAAUUUUUACUGUAAAAUGUACCGAUUUUUGAACUUUUUUAUUUUAAAGAACUUGUCACGGCAGCCUCUCAAGAGACCAGCACAAAUUACUCAGAUCUCAAAGUGGUUAUCAGAUCAUACUGGAAAAUCAAGCCAAACAUUUCCAGUUGAAAGUAAACUCCAAGACAUCCUCAGAAAGAAUUUUCCAUUAGCAGAAUACAUUGAAGUGCGGGAUGUUUCAGGAGGAUGUGGAGCAAUGUUUGAAAUAUCUGUGAUAACUAAAGAGUUCAAAGGUCUGACAAUGGUAAAACAACACAGAUUGAUAAAUGAGGCUUUGAAAGAAGAAAUAAAAGACAUGCAUGGACUUCGAAUAUACACAUCAUUACCUUCAAAAUCUAGUUGAUGCUCCUAGGGGUGCUGCUUUGAACGUUCAUAAACUACUUAAGUAGAUGGAUUUGUUUGAAUUUUCAUUACAAAUAUGCCAAAAUUCAAACAAUAGUGUAAAUAUAUUACUUGUUAUUU